CGAUUGAGAAGUAAACAACCCAACCCUGAGAAUGUUAUUAUUCUUUCGGGAAAAAAAAUAAAUCUCAAAAGUCAAAAAUAAACAAAUGUUUAAAAACUGAUUUUAAAAUUAGUGUAAAAUUGUUGCAUUCAAAUAAUGACACAGUCGAAUGAUAAUUUGACUGACUUGAUCGCCCUCGCAGAAUCUGCUGGAAUUCAAACAUCGCCGGAAAUAUUUCGGGUCCUAAUGGAACUAUUGUCCCUUCAAGUAUGUCCGGAAGAUAUUUAUACACUUCUUCGACAAAUCAGUAGAGUUUCGCUACAAAAGAGAAAAUCUGCACCACGAUCAAGUGCAAUGUAAAUUAUUAAGUUUAGAAUAAAAUGAAAAAAAUUUUGUUUUAAUAAAAAAAAUUAUAUUUUUAUAACAAUAAUAAUAAUAAAAAAAAUUCAUUCCACGGA